CGCAAAUUGGUAAAAACUUUCAACCUAAAAUUUAAAACAUUUACUAGUGUACAAGUCUUGGAGCCACCAACCAAAAUGAUUCGUUUGGUUCUAGUUUCUUCUUUCAUUUUGAUCUUGGGUUCUUACGAAACCAAAGGUGCACCAAAUGACCUUCCACUCAAGAAUGACGAGACACGUCCUCCCUAUCGAUCGAUUGAAGGAAAAGGUGUUAUGGAUUUGGCUGGUGGUUUCGUGAAAGCUGCUGGAAUUGCUAACCUGGGUUUGACGGCAGCAUAUGUAUUUCCACCAAUUGCUGGGGCAGUAGUUGGAUACAGAAUUAUUAAUUACGGAGUAGGCAAAACUCAGGAAGCUGCGGGUUACGCAGUACAAAAAACUCAGGAAGGUGCCAGUUACGCUGCCGGUUACGUAGUAGAAAAAGCCCAGGAAGCUGCUCUAAACGCAGUCAAAGAUGGAAUACAAAAGAAAUUUUCGGAAAAUAAAGCAGAUGAGUAGAAUAGUGCCUUUUACUGUGAAAAACCUAUUGCAUUAAAAUUUGUUCAACCGA